UCGAGUCCAAAUAACUCCAAGAGCAUCCACCCCACUGGCUGCCGGGCGAACUCUGAUCGAGAGCUUGGUGGACAUCUUUCCAACUAGCUUCAUCAAGCAUGGGUCGUCCUGAUUCCGAAGCCCCGGCGGCGUCCAUUGUCGCUGCGGUGCUGGGCUUCCACGACCACACCAACGCCCACGGCGGAGGCGCGGCGGUGGCGCCAGCGCCGGCGGGAGGCCACUCGGCCUUCGAAACCAACGUGGUUAUCAUCCUCGCGGCGCUCUUCUUCGCGCUGCUAUUCGCCAUCGGGCUCAACUCCCUGGCGCGGUGCGUGCUCCGGUGUAGAGGACGCGGCGCUGCCGCGGUCGCCGCCGACGAGGCCGCGGCGUCGGCGCGUGCGGCACGCCGCGCCGGCGAUGGCAUCAAGAUGCGCGCGCUGAGGAGCCUGCCGGUGGAGGUGUACGGCUGUGGGGAAGUAAUCGACGACGUCUGCGCCAUCUGCCUCGGCGAGUUCGUCGACGGCGAGAAGGUGCGCGUGCUGCCGCGGUGCGGCCACGGGUUCCACGUCCGCUGCGUGGACGCCUGGCUUGUGUCCCACGGCUCCUGCCCGACGUGCCGGCAGCCCGUGAUGGAAGGGGCGCCCGCAAAGGACGGCGGCCUGAGCCAGCGUCCAGCGGAGACCGACAUGAUCGCCGUGGUCAUCGUGUGAGGUAACCAACCGAUCGAGUUGAAGCAUGCUGAAGCAUGCCUACCUGUGCCGGUACAAGCACAACAAGGCAGCCCUGCUCUGCCCUGGCCUGAGCGCGAGCUCAUCCAUAUCUCUUCCGGAAUUUUCCGGCGAUACUUGUCUGGCCUGGUCGACUGAUCUAAACACUGGAGAACUGCUCGACCAAUUGCUCAAUGUACAGAUUCCACGGCGCAAAUGAGUAAACAUUUUUUUGCCGAAUUUGCUCCCGUAGCACCUUGUU